AUGUCACAUCUCGCACCCAACGCAGCCCGCCAGGCGCUGCGACAGUGCGCUCGUCGCGUAUCGACAUCGACAUCACGAAGCACAUCCCAUCUCCUCCCACGAGCUAGCAUCGCCCGGCGAAGUUAUGUUUCCGAGUCGAAUCCCCAACAAGCCAGCGUGGAGAGCAGCAUUCGCGCCGACCAAAAGUCCUUCCUCGCCGACACGGGCAUCAAACCCCGCGAUGCCACCCUCGGCGCAUCAGGCAUGUCGGGCGAUGUGGCGAUGAGUCCUGCCGCCGGUAUUCUCAAGCAAGCAAGCGUCAUGGAUGAAGGCAGCCGGCCCAUCUACCUCGACAUGCAGGCCACCACCCCCACCGAUCCGCGGGUUCUCGACGCAAUGCUGCCCUUCUUCACCGGCCUGUAUGGAAACCCGCAUUCAAGAACCCACGCCUACGGAUGGGAGACGGAUAGCGCCGUCGAGCAGGCCCGAGCACAUAUCGCCGACUUGAUUGGCGCCGACCCCAAGGAAAUCAUCUUCACCAGCGGCGCCACGGAGAGCAACAACAUGAGCGUCAAGGGUGUCGCUCGUUUCUUCAAAAAGGGUGGCAAGAAGAAGCACAUCAUCACCUGUCAGACGGAGCACAAGUGUGUCUUGGACAGCUGUCGCCACUUGCAAGAGGAGGGCUUCGACGUCACAUAUCUUCCCGUGCAAAACAAUGGAUUGAUUGACAUGGCCGAGCUGGAAAAGGCAAUGCGACCUGAAACCUGCUUGGUGUCCAUCAUGACGGUCAACAAUGAAGUCGGUGUCGUCCAGCCCAUGGAAGAGAUUGGCAAGCUGUGUCGAAGCAAGAAGAUUUACUUCCACACCGACGCCGCCCAGGCUGUCGGCAAGAUCCCUCUCGAUGUCAACAAGAUGAACAUUGACCUCAUGUCCAUCUCCGGACACAAAAUCUACGGACCCAAGGGCAUUGGAGCGUGUUAUGUACGAAGACGCCCGCGUGUCCGUCUCGAGCCCAUCAUCUCUGGAGGUGGUCAAGAGAGAGGUCUACGAUCGGGGACCCUUGCACCUCCCCUUAUCAUUGGGUUUGGUGAAGCCGCCCGGAUAUGCAAGGAAGAAAUGGAGUACGACACAAAGCGCAUCUCCGCCCUUUCCAAACGCCUCAGUGAAGGUCUCCUGGCAAUGGAACAUACAUCWCUCAACGGUGAUGCAGUACGCCACUACCCUGGCUGUGUCAACGUAUCAUUCGCCUACGUUGAAGGAGAGUCCCUUCUCAUGGCUCUCAAAGACAUUGCCUUGUCUUCAGGCUCAGCCUGCACAUCCGCCUCAUUAGAGCCCUCAUAUGUGCUCCGAGCACUGGGUAACUCGGACGAAUCCGCCCACAGCUCCAUCCGCUUCGGAAUUGGUCGCUUCACCACCGAUGCCGAGAUUGAUUACGUUCUGGAUGCGGUCAAAAACCGUGUCACUUUCCUGAGAGAGCUGAGWCCUCUGUGGGAGUUGGUGCAGGAGGGUGUUGAUCUCAACACCAUUGAGUGGUCGCAGCAUUAA